AGCAGAAAGAAUGGUUGAAAGUGAAUAAUGGAAUUAUAUAUAGAUUCUCUAUCAAGCUGAAAUUGAUUAGAAUUGUGAAUUUCCCUCUCUUGUUGGUGUUGCGGUGUCAAUCAGCCUGAUCCGGGCUCCUAAAAUAAGUUUACUUUGCAUGCUUUAUGUCAGCGCACAACCUCGAGCUGUUGCUGGAACAAGAUUAUAACUAGAGCAGCAAGGAAGUAGCAGUAGUAGCACAACAGCACGUGCAUGACCAUCACCCGUUGCAAUCAAGAUAUUAUCUCAGUACAGGAGAUCUGAUUGCUUCGUUUCUUUAUUUCGGUCUUUUCUUCUUUUUUAACUCUCGUCUUCUAGUACCAAAAUGACGAAAUGUUUGAAGGAGUUUCACGUGCUGCCUGAUCCGAAGGUGCGGACGGAGAAGCGUCCAGAUCCGCUGAAGCACGAGCUGGGUGAGGUGAACGACAGGAACAUCGGCGUUUUGCGAAAGCUCACACAGGCCACUUUUCCGAUCAAAUAUGGUGAACGAUUCUACCAAGAUGUUCUGGCGAACAGCAAGCUUUGUCGGUACGCGUUCGUAGCCGAUGUGGUAGUCGGCAGUAUUUGCACCCGUGUCCAGCUCGCAACUGUCAACGAACAUUAAGGCCAAUUACAUGUUGAUCCAAAAAUCCACGUUGGUUUCUUUAUCUCGUCUUUUUUGAGAGAAUUAGACUUCAUCUAAUACAUUACAGUGUCUAUAAUUGAUAAGGGGAGGUACUUAGAAUGAAAGAUGAAAUGAUCAAAAUUUUUGGUUAUUUCAUCUACCCACCUAGAGUUUCCGCGGCUGGUAAGAUGAAAAACUGGAAUUCCCUUAACAGUUUAUCGGAUGUGCUUCACAGUCAGACAGGGAUGGACUAUGGAUUAGCUCUAACAUCGGGCGAGUGAAAAAUUCGAUGACGGCUGUACUUCCACAGGGGAAGCAACUACAACUGUUGUGAAUAGCAGCACUACUACAACCUCCACAAGCGUAAAUGGCACAGCAGCAGCUUCGACUUCAAAUGCAGAUAGCGACGCGAAAGUGGACUAUUCUGACAAGAUCGUGUACAUUAUGGCCCUGUCGCUCCUGCCGGCGUAUCGACGAGGUGGCAUCGCGACCAGUCUGCUCAACUGGUUCCUAGAAGCCGCAAAGAAGGAGGGUGUGAAAACGGUGGCCCUGCACGUGCAGACGUCGAACGAAGUGGCCCUUGAAUUCUACAAAAAAUACGGUUUCACCACGCAAAAAACCGUGGAAAACUACUACGCCAAACUGGAACCCGCUUCAGCCUACUAUUUGACCAAAAGCCUGGCAUAAUCAAAGUGGUCAAUCAUGCAACUAAGUAUGAAUAUGCACGAUAUCUGCGGAGUUUCAAGAUAUCCGACUUCAACACGCUAUGGAAAGAGCCGUCUAUCUCAGAUGAAAGCGCAAGGGAUCCAUGAGACGAACAGCGAGCUGCUUGUCAUCUAGAUGCUGAAAGUACACUUCAUUGUCUGUUCUUCCAGGGAUGCACAAUGAUCACACGCUUUUUUCUUACUGCAUCUUCUGACUUGUCUUUACGCCCAUUUAUUUUAUGGUCGACGCGGAUCACGUACAUGGAUGUUCCCCCUCCACAUCUUAGCUGUACUUCUAAGGACACGAGGACCCCCUACCAGUGGUGAUUAUAUCGAAAACAGAUAAGAAUAUGGACGACGCGCAAGGGAAAUCGCAUGAAUAUAACACGCGACUAGGCAUAGACGAUUCACGUAAAGC